AUGGGAUUCCGCGAUAAGCUCGCUAGAGUCAAAGGUCGCUUGGAUGGGCGAGAUACGCCAAGACCACCACAGCCCGAGGCUGGAGACUCGUCUUCAGCCCCACUCAUUGACCCAGUGGCUGGAAGUAUCGUGACGCCUGAGCAAAACAUCUGUCAAGAUAAUCUCUCGCCUCCCGCUACUCCACAGAAUGUAGGAACGAAGAACGUGGAUCGUGGACGAACCGAGAACACACCACCAAACGCAGCACCGGAGGCAUCAUCAGUCAAGGCUGGAACUUUAGAGAGCCAGAUAGUACCUGCAAAUGCAGCGUCAAAUGUCAAUGUUGCCCUUGCGCCUGCCUCUGUGGGUGACAGAAGUGCAUCAGCACCUGCCGAACCGGCCACGCAGAUCGCGAUUGAGCCUAUCGAAGAGCCAGCGAAUCUAUCUCAAACCCUGUGGGAUGCAGCAUACGAAAUCAUCGAAAGCGAGCACGCAGAUUUGAUGAAGAACUAUCUAUCGGUGUUACGAAAGUUCCUCGAAACCGGCAAGACAGUUGAGCAGAUAACUUUGCCCGAUGCCUUGGAGCUCUCUGCCAAGCUCAACAAGAAAGUCGAUCGACAAGCAUACAUGGCGCAACUGGUGAAGACGGGAAAAUCGAAGAUCGAGAGGUCGUCCAAAGUUUCUUUGGUUGUGGGAACUCUGGCUGGUGGUAUCUUGAAGCUUCAGCCUUUGAUUGAUGUUGUGAUGGCAGUGCCUCAAGCUGCGCCAGCUGCGAUUCCUUGGGCCGGUGUUUGUGUGGGGCUUCAGAUGCUAUCGAAUCCAAGUAAAGCGACACAGGCAAAUCUUGAUGGCAUGUCUCACGUUGUCAGCCGCAUGGAGUGGUAUUCGGCGGUCAUCCAACAUCUUCUCGAACCGUGCAGCGUUGACUCGGUCGCCACGUCGACUGAGCAACCGCUCACAGAAUUGAAGCCAAAAGUCGUCAACCUAUACACCACGAUCUUGCUCUAUCAGAUGAGAAGUAUAUGCUCCUACUACCGGAACCAGGGUUUCAAUUUCCUCCUCCAGCUCAUAGAAUAUGACGAUUGGGAGGGCGCACUGAAGAGUGUCGUCGAAGCAGAGGACGAAUUAAUCAAGGAUUGGAAGAUUUAUGACCAUGUCAAAGGCAGGAAAGUCGACGAAGAACUUGUCAAACUCAGUCUCAAAUCGAAAGAAUUGCUUGGAGACAUCAACAAGACACUCACAGACAUUCUGUCCGCCCGCCGGGACCAAGGAACAAGCGAUAUACUCUCGAAACUCCGAGUGGUGAAUCCUCUAGAUGACAUGGCACGGAUUGAAGACGACAAGGAACACUUGAUUGACGAAACUUUCCGGUGGAUCCUUGGAGCGGAAGAAUUCGUACAAUUCACGAACUGGACGGAUCCUUCGCUCCCACAGCGACGACUUCUGUGGGUAAAAGGCGACGCGGGGUCUGGCAAAACAAUGCUUCUCAUCGGCAUCAUCCGAGAACUCUCGAAUCAAAGCGCGGUGCUAUCACCUGGUCUGUCGUAUUUCUUCUGCCAAAGUAGAGGCAAAACUCGAACGCCGUUGUACAGCCUAACAUCGGCACUGAGGUGUCUAAUGUGGAUCCUAGUGAUACAACAGCCCAAGCUCAUGUCACACCUAGAGAUAGAGUUCCACGAAAGCCAAGAGGGCUUGUUCACAGGCGAUGACGCACAACAAGCCAUUCUGCGAAUACUAAUGGGCAUGCUGAAGGACGCGGAACCUACUUACUUCAUUGUUGACGCCCUUGAUGAGUGCGAGGAGGGCCUCAGCAUGUUUAUUGAUCUCAUUUCGAAAUCUUUCUCUAUCUCUGAUAAGGUCCGGUGGCUGAUCUCAAGUCGUCGCGAAGUGAAGCUGGUGGAUGCCCUGAAGCGGCUGACAAGAAAGGAUCCAGCUAUCUCCAGGGUAUUUACAGAGCUGGAUAUCCAGACCCACAAGGGGAGGAUUCAGAAAUAUAUCCGACAGAAGCUGGUCGACCUGGAGAUCGAUUCCGACCAUCCAGACACGUAUGAUGUACAAAUCCUGAAGGAUAUUGAGCUCCAAAUUACCAAGCGAGCUGAUGACAACUUGUUAUGGGUCAAUUUGAUAUUCCAGGAUCUUGAGAAAAUGACCGGCGCUUAUGCGCUGAAGAGCAUUCAAGACUUCCCCUAUGGAUUGAGCAAGCUUUACGAGUACAAAAUGAAACGGCUCCAAAACGGAGGCACCAAACACUUGGAAUGCUGCAAGGACGUGUUGUCGAUAGUGUCCCAUGCGUACCGGUCACUAUCCGUUUCCGAGCUCGCCGGAUUUGUUUCGUGGUCGGAAAGACUGGACCCGCGUUCCAUUUUGGCCGAUUGCAAGGCAUUCCUGGUCGUGAAUGGAGAGAUCGUGACAGUGGUACAUAAAGCAGCAAAAGACUAUCUAACAUACCAGCCUGAAGAGCUCCAGGGUGGGACGGUGGUCGGUCACGCGGGCAUCGCCGAAGUUUCGAUCCGUGUGAUGCAGUCAGGCUUGAAAGCGAACAUCUGCAAAUUCAAACAAUACGAUUCUCGGCCAGAGGACAUCCAACCUUCAGUCUGGGCUCCAUUGCAAGCCAUGGAGUACCAUUGCACUUACUGGGCAGAGCAUCUCAGUUCCAUAGCUUACAAAGACAGCCAACACCUAGAACGAGUAAUUGCUCGCGUCGGACUGUUGCAAUUCAUGGAGGAGCAUAUUCUCCACUGGUUCGAAAGUGUGUCGCUGUUGGACAAACUUGGCGACGGAGUUCAGAAGAUGAAACGCCUUCAAAGAGUCAUCCAAACAUACUUGGACAGCAGUUCUGCACUUGUAGAGUGGUUCAUGGACGCUGAGAAAUUUGCCCUCAGUUUUGGAUCAAUCAUCGAGAAAGCUCCUUUGCAAACGUAUGGCGCUCCGCUUGUCUUCAGUCCUCAACUCAGCAAGAUCAGACGCUCUUUCUGGAAAGAUCGAUUACCGUUCAUUAAGGACGUCAGUGGAGGCAAGAACCACUGGUCCGGUUUCCAGCAGACCAUUGACACCGGUUCACCGCUUGUAUCGUUAGCAUAUUCUCCGGAUGAUCUGACACUAGCAUCUCUCACCUCUGACGGCGAUCUGCAGCUUUGGGACACGUUGACCUGUGCGCACAAGCGCGAUAUUUAUUGCCUUUCUUAUGAUAGGCUUCCACAACUCCCACAACUUCCAAAAUCGACUUCGCAAGCCAUGAUGGCAUUUUCUCCAACGAGUGCCACAAUUGCUUCGGUAAGCGGUUUGAUGGAAGGAAAGGCACAACUCUGGAAUACUGAGACCGGACUCUUGGACCAUAGCUUGGACCAUGGGAGCGGCCUUAGCGUUUUGAGCGUCGCAUUCUCGCACAACGGCAAGAUGUUGGCAACGACCGCGUCGGACAAGAAAAUACGACUGUGGAAUGUUGAGACCAGUGACUGUGAAGAAAACUUUGAUUUCGAGGGCGAGUCACAGAUUAUCGCCUUUUCAGGUGAUGGGGAAACUCUCGCGGCAGCACCGACCCAUUGCACUCUUGAAGGCAGGUGGCGACAUAUCGAUGGCAGCAUAAGGUUAUGGGCACUUGAUGGCGAGCGUUCCCCCGGAAGUACCAAGCAAUCCAUUGGUAUUCUCGAAGGCCACAAACGAUCGGUUGAUUCCAUAACUUUCUCCCCCGAUAGACGUGGUCGGAUGCUUGCCUCGGGUUCUUCAGACUUAACGGUGCAAAUAUGGGAUACAGCCGAGAGAAGUUCCAAGUACGUUCUUCAGCAUCCGAAACCAUUAGCUUCCAAUAGGCUUGGGAGUUUCGCAGCCUUAUCGAUUGCUUUUGCUCGAGAUAAUCACAGCCUAGUUACCGCGGGACAUCACGGGGUGUGGAGUUGGGAUCUAGACACGGGUUUGCUUACGAAAGUCAUUCUAAAUGAUUUCUUACGGCUUGCUGUGGUCACUUUCCCUUUUGAUGCUACAGCAGUAGCCAUAGCAGAGGACAACGGUCAAAUCGAAGUCUGGAGCACUGCCUUGCCGAAAGAAGGGCUUUCUGAGGAGAUCUUGGAGCCUCUAUCAUCCUCUAUCGGAGUAAUAGAGAUCGUCCCUAGCCCGAACACCGGCUUGCUAGCUCUUAUGGACGUCGAUCGUACCUACAUCUGGGACACAUCCGAGAACGUUUGCGUACGUUCGUUCGAUGGGGCCUUUGAUAAAGCAUCCUUCUCUCCGGGAGGUGAUAUCGUCGCUUUAACGGGCUUCCAAGAUGAGGUACGAAUCUUUAGUACUACUAAGGGGUUAGACGAUUCCGAAAAAGCAGUGAUAAAGGGUCGUUUGAGGUCAUCUGCGCCGGAUCAGAGUGCCUUCGUGACUAUCCUUGAUGACAGCGCCAUCCAACUUCAUGCCUUGACUACGUCCUAUAGCACUGAUCUAGAGCCUAUACAGGACAAAGCUCCGGCCUUAGCGCUUGCCUUUUCGCCCGAUUGCAGAAAACUCGGGGUUCUAUUUGGGGACGAGAUCCGAAUUUGGGAUACCGUAUCAGGGGAGCACGUGGAAAGCAUACCACAUACAGGUGAAGAGUACGGCGUUUUGAUCCUUGCGUUUACUUCAGAUCUGAACAAAUUCUUGACAAACCCGAGGAGCCGACAUCGUCAAUUGCAACUCUGGCACCGGAAUCCACAAAAUCAGUGGAACUUGGACAAACAUGAGAAAUCAAUCGACUCGGCUAUCUUUUCCGCUGACGGGACCAUCUUUGCUACAUCAGCUGGUGCGGAAGUUCUCAUCUGGGACGCUGCACACGGGACUGUGCAGCAAAGAAUCACGCCUAUCUCUGGCCCUGAAAGGCUCAUCUCAUUUUCAGAAGACGGUAGCCUGCUGCGCAGUGACUCCGGGGUUCUGGAGAUCAUAGAGCGCCCCAGCGGCCAGCCAAACACACCUCUGAUUUUCAUUCGAGACGACUGGAUAUAUAACGGGCCGAAGCCCCUACUCUGGAUUCCGGAUCAGUACCGAGGCCGACCUAGAUUAGCCCGCGAUCAGAUUGCUGUGCUGAGACACCUGUAUGGUGGCUUUGUUGUGAUCAAGUUCACCGAUGAUAUUGCUAAAUAUAGAUAA